AUGGCGGCACCCAAUAUGCCGAUUCGUCUUUCGGUCCACACUGGCACCCAAGACGGCAAGCACCCCCAGCUUCCAAAAGGGUCACAGCCAACCCCUCCAAUUACCCCAACUAUCGGUCAUGACAGCAGUUCACCUGGAGCCGAUACCCCCAGUCGCUCAGUAUCUCCUGUGUCCUUUUCAGGAGGACACCUGCAUGACAUUUUACCAUCUGACCUUCAGACUGUAACCGCGCCACGCAAGUUCUCCGACGAUUUGGAGUUUCAGUAUGACUCCAAGGGCCGCAAGUUCGAGUUUGGCCGUGGCGUUUGGAGUGUUGUUUACAUGGCAUCCUCCCGCGCAUCUUCCACCCCAGCUGCACUGAGCCCUCCAGGCUCGCCCGCAUCUGGAAGCCGCGUGGUGGCCGUCAAAAUGCCUGGGCGACGCGAUGCACCUCCAGUGCUUGACACCGAGGCCCUAGCACUGACCCGUCUGAGCAUGGUUCCUGGUUGCGAGAACCAUAUCGUGCCAUUCCACGGCUACAUUGCGGAUUCCCAUGCCAUCGUCAUGGGCGCCGUGCCGCUUGCACUCUCAACCUACAUUGAAGAAAAGGCCAGUGCAGCCAAGAAGCAUAUAUCCACCUCCACGAUGUUUGAUCCCGUUCAAGGCAUGGCCGAAUGGCACGGUCUCGCGAAGAAGCUUGUCGCGGGACUCGCUUGGCUCCAUAAAGGCGCUCAAAUGGUUCAUGGUGAUAUCAAACCUUACAACUUUCUGUUGCGCCCCCGCCCUAUUGCCAACGACUCGGAUUCCGACGAAUUCCCCUUUGAGCCCCUCUUCGCAGACUUUUCCUCUGCGCACCCCAUCGGCGACUGCGACUCCGCAACCAAGGGCACGGCGCUGACAGCCCUGACGCCCCCAUUCACCGCCCCCGAACUCCUGUCCAUCUCGGCGCUCAAGUCCCCCGACGUCGUCCCGACUCCAGCGUCAGACGUCUUCUCGCUCGCGGUGACUCUCCUCGCAGCCGCGACGGGAGACUUGUUACUCUACCCAGGCACGAACAGCAUGCAGCGUCUUGCCAUGGCCCGUGAAGGACACCAAGUUAUCGACUUUGCUCGUUCGGGCCAGAGUGGCGCUCGCAUUCCGAGAAAGGGCAUUGUCGAGCGGAUUAUCAAGCCUGCCAUUGCUAAGGAUCCGCCCCAGCGCAUCGAUCCUGCCGACUGGCUGGGGCUGGUGGUAAACACCAUGACUUGA